GUACAGUCUAUGAACCUUACCUAUGCAGCAUCUCGAAGUCGGUCGACAAAGGCAUCGGCUUUCAGCACUAAACUUCAGAAGGAACGCGGGUCCUUUGGAAAAAUGUCCAUGUUAAAAAAAUGACGGAGUUAGACGCUCAAUUUCUUUUGCUGCGGAGCGAAGUUCUUGCAAAGAGAAGAUGGUGCAUGAAGACAAUGCUACGGUGAUGCGAGGUUCCCCACAGACCACGAUUGCAUCUGAGGAAGCACGAGAAGGAGAUUAUAGCGUUGCCGAGAAGCCCGUGCACGAUCAGAUCGAAGUAACGAUCGACAUUGAAAAGAAAACCAGCAGCAGCAUUCCCGUGGGCGACAAUAACAUUCAGCGAGGUUUGCCAAUUCCGACCCCACAGCGAGAGGGACCACUGCUCCUUCCGAAGGUGGAACAAAUCGGGCACAUUGAUCCGAUGAAAUUGACGCGCGAGCAAGCUUUCUGCAAGUAUGGGACGCUUCCUGGGAAUGCUAGUACUGCAGAGCACGCUUAUUUUCUCGGAGCCGGGAACAAAGCAGCGAGCGAGGGCGAACGCGAAGCUGAUUCAGCAGGUGCAAGAACGAAGAAUCGCCGAAGCAGAAGAGCCUGGUGCGGUUCGGCAGUAAUCACGCUGGGAAUUAUUGCCGUGGUUCUGUGGUUGAUGGCGGCGGUGCUGCUUUUGUGGUACGAGGUCCACAACCCAGCACCUGAUGAUGAAAAUCUCCUUGACAACUUUGAUGCAGCCGAGUGGGAGAAUGUCGGUCUUGACGAUCUCGACAACCUCAACCUCAACGGAACCGGAUAUCACAGCGAAAUGUUGAUGAGUCAAACCACCUUUGUAACCUACAUAGUACAAUGACAAUGAGGAUAAACAUAAUUGAUAACUGCACCUGCACGUGCAUGGUAGGCAUGUAUGGUCGAAAAAAAAAAGCGAGGACAGCUUUGGAGUUGCGUGGCAUGUUAAACAGCAGCACCAGUUUUUCGCAUGUUCAAUACUACUAGCCUGAAGAAACAAAAAAUGAAUCGGUGCAACAUCUGCAAAGCGACAGCAACUGAACGCUCCCGUAAUGGCUCUCCAUUUUCGCGUCAAUACUGAAAGUGAAACGAACGAGAAUGCCACCACCGUUGCACCCCCCGCUCCCGUAAUGCUCUUGAAUGGCGACAACGGGAACGGCGGCGUUUUCAUCAAUGGAGGCCCGGGACUCUACUUCAGCGUGAGCAAUGAGACGUUCGUGAAUCUGUUGCAGCUUGCCAACAAUUUUAACCAGACUCUGAAUUUGUGACGGACAGGAAGUAGAGACAAUCGCCAAUGCGCAGCAGUUCUUUCCGAAGAAACUAGUCUGAGGAUGAACGUGCGACCAAUACAAGGGCGCCAUUUAUGUUGGACGAAAAUUGGAGUAUGAAGACGAAGAGGGAUAAGAAUUGUUUUCGGGUGGUCCGUCGUGAUGUUGGCGUGGGAAAUCCCAGACCUCGCAGCGUUGAUGUGGUGAAAUAUAUUAGACCGCUUGCUGUCAAAGUCAAUGUCAACUUUUAUUGUUCUAGUUCCUGCAUCACCUUCGCGAAGUAGUAAGUACUCUAAUUUUGCGAAUAUAGUUUUGCUUAGCUUAGGUCCGAUCCCUCUGCUUUUUCUUCGUCGCACUUUCCUUCGCGCGCCAAGGAAAAGUCCGCAGCUUGAAGCGUUUGCGAAAUACUUGAGAAUACUUAUAUAAACGAAUGCAUAAAGUUAAAGUAGUUGAGAAAGGUUUUCUGUGCCACAACGGACCCAGAGGACGCAAGCAACGACCCGUGAAGAAAUUUUGAUGUUCUCGGUUCUCGUACAAUGAAGUUGGAAAGGCGUUUGCGCGUUUAUUCAGCGAAAUUAGUGUUACUGGUCAGAAGCAAAGUACUCAGUAGACCACAAUAUGGAAUAACAGUACAGAUAAAAAUUUGAACCUCAAUAAAGAUUUCUCUCGGUUCGAUAAAAAAAAACCCGACAAAUUAUAUCGGUUGAUACCAAGAAGAAGCCAACAAGAACUUGCUGUGCAGAGUACUACUUAGCAGUGAACGAAGAAUGCCACGACGUACGACCGCCAUUCAAUUUUGCAUUUCGUCCAUGAUGCUUUGAUUCCAGCGGUGACAACAUGAUGAUGUGUGUGAGCACGACGACGCC